ACUCCCAGCUACCUGGAACAGAGAGACCCUGGACAACCUGGGUGUUCUGCCUCUCUACCUGACAUCCUCCUUCUACAAGAACUUCUCUAAGAAUGUAAAAGGCCAGUUCCUACAGUCAUUCCUGAAGGUGCUGAGGAAGAAUGGAACGUCCAGACAGAAGAAGAGAGGAUGAAGACGGCUAUCAGACAGUCCAUCAUCGACCAAUCACAGUCCAAACGCUCCAUAGUGAGUGAAUGCACGGUGGGAAAUAUCACUCAGGUCACGAUCAGUGAGAAUACGUUCCCCUUCAACUACGAGACCGUGACCAAGUUCAACUGCUGCCUGACGGCCAAGACAGUCGUUGACAACCUGGACGCCAUCACCGCCAAGGUGGACGACCUGGAAUACCUUGAAGUGGUCCUGGCGAGACUCAGAGAGGCCUACUCCGCAAACUCCACCAUCCCAGAAGCGAAGGUGCAGGUUCUUGGGCCGGCUUCGCGCGUUGCCACUAACGCUGACAUCACCAUGUGGAGCAUCACCAAGAUCGACACACUGUCAGCUCUGAUGGACUCCUCCAAUGGAGACUGGGAUGCUGUUAUGGCGCAGGCCAUCAUCAGUAAGUACCUGAGUAACUCAGGAAAUACUCUGGGCAGUGCCGAGCUCAACUCCAUCGGAGGACCCAACCUGUGUUCACUAGACACCAGCCUCCUGAAGACCAUUACACAGAGUAGCCUGAGUAAGGCCAAUGCCCUGACGGUGACCAACUGCAGCAUAAUGAAGAAGAGAACGCUGUUCGUCAUCGCUGAAGGGGCCUUCCAGAGCCGUAGUACUGUCUCUGCUACCUCCUACCAGCUAACACAGCCAUACAUAGGUACCUCCUACCAGCUAACACAGCCAUACAUAGGGGGUGCUGACUCAGCCUACGUCCAGCGUCUGUCCACCUCUAACAUCAGUAUGGACAUGGACACUUUCAUCAGCCUGGACCCUACUGUUAUACAGACUCUGGGUGUGAGCCAGGUCAAAGGUCUGCUUGGUUCUAACCUGCCAGAGCUGAAAAGCUAUGAGAACCAGAGCGCGGUCCGGACCUGGAUCAGCACCCGUUUCCAGGCCGACCUGGACUAUCUAGGGCUGGGUCUGAAGGGAGGCAAGGCUGACCCCAUCACGGUUGGCGUGGGAACCAUCAUACUUCCUACCAGUGCAGGGGUAACUGGAGGAGCUGGGCCAGUCAACACCGUGGCUGGAGGAGCUUCUGCUACUACUACAGCGAGCGGCGGAGCGAUCAACAGACCAACGUUCGGCCUCCACCUUCUCCUCACCACUCUGGCCAUCGCUGUCCUGUACAUUCUACACUGAUUUCAGAGAUUUUAUAUUUCAGAGUGAGAGAGUUAACUGACUCCAUUAGCAUCAAGUCGCAUUCGGCUCAGACAGGGAAAAACAUUAUGUAAAGUUCUCAAACAGGAAACAAAAAUGUAUACAUUUAGAGUCAGGUAGUGCCUUAGAUAUUGUAAAUAUCACUGAAUACAAGGAUAUACUGGACCUAUCAAAAGACUAUAAAACCAUCUAGCACUUUAGUCACGUCAAUGUUUCUGCUCUGACAAGUUCUGCAUUUUAUUUAAGUGUCACUUUGUAUGUUGUUCUGUCUUGGUGGUUGGAAUGAAGUCUGUUCUGUCUUGGUGGUUGGAAUGAAGUCUGUUCUGUCUUGGUGGUUGGAAUGAAGUCUGUUCUGUCUUGGUGGUUGGAAUGAAGUCUGGUUCUGUCUUGGUGGUUGGAAUGAAGUCUGGUUCUGUCUUGGUGGUUGGAAUGAAGUCUGUUCUGUCUUGGUGGUUGGAAUGAAGUCUGGUUCUGUCUUGGUGGUUGGAAUGAAGUCUGGUUCUGUCUUGGUGGUUGGAAUGAAGUCUGGUUCUGUCUUGGUGGUUGGAAUGAAGUCUGGUUCUGUCUUGGUGGUUGGAAUGAAGUCUGGUUCUGUCUUGGUGGUUGGAAUGAAGUCUGGUUCUGUCUUGGUGGUUGGAAUGAAGUCUGGUUCUGUCUUGGUGGUUGGAAUGAAGUCUGUUCUGUCUUGGUGGUUGGAAUGAAGUCUGGUUCUGUCUUGGUGGUUGGAAUGAAGUCUGGUUCUGUCUUGGUGAUUGGAAUGAAGUCUGUUCUGUCUUGGUGAUUGGAAUGAAGUCUGGUUCUGUCUUGGUGGUUGGAAUGAAGUCUGGUUCUGUCUUGGUGGUUGGAAUGAAGUCUGGUUCUGUCUUGGUGGUUGGAAUGAAGUCUGGUUCUGUCUUGGUGGUUGGAAUGAAGUCUGGUUCUGUCUUGGUGGUUGGAAUGAAGUCUGGUUCUGUCUUGGUGGUUGGAAUGAAGUCUGUUCUGUCUUGGUGGUUGGAAUGAAGUCUGGUUCUGUCUUGGUGGUUGGAAUGAAGUCUGGUUCUGUGUUGGUGAUUGGAAUGAAGUCUGUUCUGUCUUGGUGAUUGGAAUGAAGUCUGGUUCUGUCUUGGUGGUUGGAAUGAAGUCUGUUCUGUCUUGGUGAUUGGAAUGAAGUCUGUUCUGUCUUGGUGGUUGGAAUGUUUUUUAUAAGAAGAAUUUGUAGGGCUCUAUUCAGUCUGUGUAGCUGAAAGGUCAUUUCCUAUUGAGCCAAGAUCUGCAGCAUUUACCAUGAAUGCAGUCUACGCUACGGGAACAUCUGCAGCAUUUACCAUGAAUGCAGUCUACGCUACGGGAACAUAAUGCUGUACUGCUGAACUUCCACCACGUGGAUUGAAUAGAGCCACUUGUCUUUGCCUUCGGGUGAAAAUAUGAAGGUAUUUCAUUACAUGACAAAGAAGUCUUGUGUUGGUGAUGUCGUCUUUCUGGGACAGCCAUUUUGUUUUUCUCAGGGUUAGUAUCUCCAACACUUAUCCACCGAGCCAAAACCCUGUUCAAUGUCAUGACAACCAAUUCCUCUGGUGCAGAAUGAUUAUGUCAUUAGAAUGUCACUGUGCUUUUGUUCAUGUCAGCUCAAACUAAAUAGUAGAUGUUGAAUGUAUGACUUAAUUAAUAAAAAUGUAUAUUAUUACACAA